UUCUGCGUCGCACAAAACAUUGCCAACACCGGUGUUGUGUCCGGCAGAUCUGGAAAAUGACUUGGGGCUCAGUUAGCUUGAGCUUUACUGACGUUUUAUGGUCUUUUCUGGCUUUAUGUUUUUUUGUUGCUUUCUGUACUCACAAAAUCUCACCAAACCUGCCGAGAAAAUGUGAAACAUGGCGUCUUUACUUGUUAUUUCAGGAUCUUAUUCGGUACGGAAAAACAAAACAACACCUCAAACGAGACGACUGGCUGCGUGCAUUUGACGUCCCAAAAAGGUGGUUCUGGCACUUCUAUGCCAUCUCUGUUGGCUGGAAUGGCAUUCUUCUGGGCUUCUACCUGAACUUCAUAUUUCGGCAUCAGUCAUACCCAUCAUGGCUAACUGGAAUAUUAGACAUUGUGACAGGUGUACCAAGCACCGACAGUCAAGUCCCACAGCUGUCUUCUCUGCUGGUGCAGCUGCUGCUCUUCGUCCACUCCCUCAGGAGGCUGCUGGAGUGCCUGUUUGUCAGUGUUUUCUCUGAUGGAGCCAUACAUUUGGUGCAGUAUGUGUUCGGUGUGUGCUAUUACAUCGUACUGGGGUUGACGGUGCUCUGCUCGGAUCGUUUUGGAAAAGGGACUGGAACCCUCCUCUCUCAGCUAGACUGGUUUCAUGUGGCUGGAAAUGUACUUUUCAUUGGAGCCUCAGUGGUGCAGCAUCAGUCCAUGGUCCUGCUGGCCAGGCUUCGCACUGGAAAGUCAGGAACAGUGGAGACGCUGGCUCACAGAGUGCCAGAGGGAGGCUGGUUCGAGCUGGUGUCAUGCCCACAUUACUUUGCUGAGCUGCUGAUCUACGUCUCGCUGAGCUUGGUUUUUGGAGGCUUGUCUCUUACCUGGUGGCUUGUUGUGCUAUAUGUGCUCUUCAAUCAAGCACUGGCAGCACAACUUUGUCAUGAACUUUAUAUGAGCAAAUAUGAGUCAUACCCAAGGCAUAGAAAAGCAUUUAUUCCUUUUGUGCUAUGAGUGGGUCUCAUUGGUGUCUUAGGUUUUGUGUUGCUGUGAAGUCUUAGAGAAAUGUCAGAGAUGUCUGAGGAUCUGAAGGUGUGGGAGUAAAACUCACCUCACUCUCAGCAUUGAUUGACAAGGUGCUCCAGACCAAGUGAAGAUGCUCAAUAGCCAACAGGACAACAGUGAACAGUGUCCCACCAGAUGAGAGAUGAGAUGUUUCUUAGAGACUGAUGUGAAGAAAUUAGAUAUGUCACAAAUCACUUGUUCAUCACAGGACCUUGUUUUUGUUAUAAUAAGAUGCAUUCAUGCAAUAAUAAUGACACAUUUUCCCUAUUACAACACACAAUUGAAUCUCGCUAUAACUCUUAUCUAUAAUAAGAUAAAUUAUGUUGUUAAAAUAAGGACGCUUUAAAUGUUUCUUUGAUUUAAAAAAAAAAAAAAAA